AUGCAUCGUUUUUGGAAACGUACGUACGUAAAGGCUUGCAAACCCCGCGAGCCUCCAUGCCCACCUCCUAAAGAAACGAAGCAAAUCAGUAAAAACUGGGUAAGCUACGGUUUCGACUACGAGAACUGCCAGGACGAUUACAAUUAUCACCACGCGUCUUACUUCUUUACUAUUACCUUGUGUAUAAUCUUUGGAGGGUUUGCUUGGACGUACGCUCCGGACGUGUGUCUGAGGGACUGGGCGCAGAGAGAAGCUUUUCUUGAACUCCGGCGGCGUGAGGCAGGCGGUAUGCCCGCCAUAGACCCUAAUUAUGUCCCCAAAGGUAAAAUCAAGAUUCCUAGUCAACAACAACUAUGUGACAUGGAUAUUGAAAUCGUAAUAUAA